AUGGACUUCUCAUGCCAUGUCCGCAUAAACAACGAGUCUGACCAGGAUCUCCUCCUCGAAGACUCGGGCCUUGACAGUGGGGACUGGCCAUUACGUCAACCCCUCAAUAUGAUCGAGGCUGGAACUGAGCAGACCAUCUACCUUGCUCAGCCCGGCUGGGGAGGCUCGAAAGCUUGGGUCACGUAUGAGGCGAGGUUUGGGCAAGGAUGGAGGAACUUCACUCUUGAGUUUGAGUGUCCUGCUCUGCCCUUCUCAAAGAACCAUGUCAGUGUGAAGGACUGCUCUCAGGUUUUUGACAUUGAUGUUACCGAUGUUCAAGAACGAGGAAGUCCUCUAACAGCGACCGUCAAUAUCCGCAUGGAUUCCAAGAAGAGCUACCCAACAACCACAAAAGACGACCAGGUCCGAGCCAACUACGACAUCGGCGUCGGAGUCUCGUUCCCCACCAAGAUGGACCUCAAGUUCCCCGUACACGAGAGCAUCGUCCUCACCGGCUUCAUCAACUCCGACAUGAUCUUCCCCCGAGGCACAGUCUACAACAACAUCAACGACAAACAAUGGGAGUUCUUCCGAGGGGUGGUCUGGAACGACGACCCAUCCUGCCUCUUAUUCGAGGAUGUGACAGAGGACAACAGGAUGUUUGGCCUAGGAAUUGAGUGGUUGAAUGCUUUCAAGUUUGGCGACGAGAAAUGCAUGACCAAACGAUCGCAUAUGGGCAACCUCCAGUUCUUCCACGGCAUGGGCUCCAAGAUGGGCGAGAAACCUCAAAAGACUCGCCACAAUAUCCUCACCUGGAUCGAAGUUAUGUACAAGCUUGCCUGUGGCAACCAAGGUAUCACAGAAAACGAUCCUCUCAGCGAUGUCCUACCGGGUUACUUCGGCAAAGAGACAGUCCCUUCCAAAAACGAUACUCUCCGCGAUCUCCUCCUCGCGACAACACCAAAGUACAACAAAGCCGACAUCCAAAAGCGAGCCUUUGGCGUCUGUCUCCACAUGAUCUCCGACUCAUUCGCAUUGGGCCACACACAAAGACGACUCCGAAAUCCUGCAGACUUGAUUGAAAGAGACACAGCAGGCUAUAUACGAUUCCGGCCCGACACAUAUGGCGAUUGGGGAUCCAUCAUAUGCUUUCACACCUACAACGACCAAGACGGUGAUCGCCAUGGACAUUACGACGAUAAGGAUGGAGAACAGGACCCAGAUCCCAAGGAUGUCACCACCUUCAACGAAAUGGUCGGCGCAAGGAAUGCCAUUGACGGCUGCACAAAUCUCAUCAACCUAUUUAUCAAGAAGACCAAGUGGGACGACGGUGUCAAGGAGUUUUUGGAAGACGACAUUUUCGUGUUGGAUCCAUGCGCGAAGCCUUCAGAUCACUUCACAGACGAAUCUGUAAUUUCCUAUCUCUACCAGGAUCGCGAGAAGAGUCAAGAGUUUGACUACCAGGCUGGACUCCAACGCAAGCUUGCUACUCUGGAGGAGGGUUCUGUCAUGAGUCUUGUGCCUGAGGGUGAUUUACGAAGACGAUCCAGAGUCGUCUCGAUGCUGGCUAUGAUGUGUCUUUUGAUGAACGCUAUGCUUUUUACGAUCUUCACCAUGAGACUUCAUGGGUUUCUGUCUUAA